CGGGGGGAGGUGGUGGUGGUGGAGCUGCGGUAUCGCGUGGAGCUGGAGCCGGAGCCACCGCGGGGCGUGGGUAUAGGUCGGCAUAGUUGGGAGCAGUGUUUUUAGUGGACGUAAGCGCCCUUGUGGUGUCUGCAGUGCAGCAAGAAAGAAAGGUGUUUCUGAAUGCCAUUUAAGGUAGGUGUCAGCCUGCUGUGACGACCCAUGGCCCGGAGCACCAUCGAGCAGUGGCCACUACGUGCGGUUCUACUUUCGCCCAGUGUAACUGACGAGGCAAAAUGCAUCGUGAAAGAUUUUAUAGCCCCGAUGUUGGAGGACUCUGGGUGCUGUCUCGCGUGCUUGCCCACUCUCCCCUUCCCUUCUCAAGGAGGCACUCCGGCUGAGUGAAGUUGUAGUGCUUCUUGCAGUGAGGCUCCGUGGGCUGUUGCUGCGGGCCUACUCUAGGCUAUUCCCCCGCCAGCGGAGUGUCCCCAAAGAAGCCUGAAAUCGACGGCGCCCUAGGCGUGUCGCUGAAUCGCCUCUGUGUCGCGACAGAGGCGCCCACCCAUGCCGGAGACGGCGAGGUGGGUGUGCCACCCCCUUUAUCACGUAGGACAAGAUCGGCCUCGUGCUGCUCCCGGGGAUGCCAUCGUUUUCUUUUGUAAUAGCACUUGUUGCAGAGGUGUGGGCUUCCUGCCAGCUCACCCAUGUUGCUAACGAAGUCUCAGUUUCGGAUGUGCUUGGGGUUAAAACCAGAGGGAGGGUGCCUGGGAUCCCUGUGGCACGCUGACCCCCGCGGGAGAAACACUUUGGAUAGAUCUUUAUGAAUACAUUCAAGAUACUGCCUUGUGCAGUUUAGUGGGUGUUUUAAGCUAUUUGCUUGUUUCUCACUUAAUUUCGUUUUUUUGGCUCAAAGGUGAGCUGAAGACAUGGUGAUGCCACAUUCAUACAUGGUCCGUGCCGUGGCGAGUUGCAGCAAUCCAGGACCUCUCGUGAUGUGACAAGUGUUUUGCAUGUACUUGCACUCGAUACUUAAAAGCCUUUUAGCUGUGUGGAAAUAACUGAAUUUAUUUAAAUUGUGUUGUAACUGAAGCUACCAGAUCAUCACUGUUUAACUUCUGAAAAACAGCUUUCACUUUCACGAGCAAAGUCUGUUCUACAACUCCUCCAGAUAUAAAAAGCCAAAUGUAUUACUUAUAGCAAACAGACUUGGGUUUUAUUUGAUAACUUUCAGUCAAGUAUUUUGUAUGACUUAAAAACUUACUUGGGAAACAAUGAAGUCAAAUUAUUGACAGAUUAGUCUCAAAUUCUUACAGAUAACAAAAACUACCAGUUGUGGGAAAACGUAUUUCUGGUAUCUGGAAGCACUUGCAGAAAGGGCUGCUCAUCGUACCUUACAGAAUCUUAAGGGGACAUAAAAAAGCAGGCUUUUAAUUUCUUUAAUAUAUAGCAUUUUGAGUUUUUGGUGUUUUAAAAGGAAUAGUACUUCUGAGUACUCUUUCAUUUUCAGUAAAAACUCAGCAAUGGGAUUUUGUUUAUAGUUUGACCAAGAGGACAAAAGGCUAGUUGUUUUGCAUCAAAUAAAUACUUUUUCCCCACCUGUAAUGACUAACUUAAUACUUGAUGAGACAUAUGACAUCCUAUCUAAUUAAAUGCUACUUUUGAUCCCAAAGUUCUGUAAUGAGCAAGCAAAAAGAGUUUUCCUCAUCCCUCACCAAUAACGGAAAUCCUUUUGGCAUAGUGAAUUUUCUAAUAAUUCACUGCCUGGUUAAAAUCCACUCUUGUUCUUGGCUGCUACAGGUCAAGUCCAUUAUGUGUUGUCAUGCAUUGUCUUUUACUAUAUAACUUAAUUAAAAUUAAGUAGCCUCUUACUUUCAUCUUUUUGGCUCUUGGAGCAGAACCAAGCUCUGCUAUGGGGAAAAGGCUGAAUUUCAGGGUGGUUGCCAGACACCAUGCUGAGUUGGGACCUGCUUGAAGUCUGUUGGCAGCUGUCUGUAUUUCCUUUUAACAAAAAGGAAAUAGAAAGAAAGGGAGGUGUUUUAUGCCACAAAGAGCUGGACCCCAAAGUCACUUUCCCAGCUGGGACCUUGGGAAUCUCACUGUCAGUAGUGUGUCUGCAUUCAUACAGAGAGCAGGAAACCACCCUCAUUUUCCUCUUGCAGUGCCUGUGCAGAUUUGGGGUAAAAUGCAGCUCUUGGAGCUGAGUCUGAAGCUCAGUGCUGCUCCUUGUCUCCAGGAGGUGUGUAACUUGCUAGUUGUUGUGCUGAGAGGAGAUGUGAACUUGCCCUAGCAGCUAGUGAGGGGCCUCCAGGCCACCAUGUUCCCUUCCCUGGCUGUGGCUUCAGGAAAGCUGUGACUGUUGCUCUGUGUGCUAUGAGAAACCCUUAAUUCUGCCUACCAGGGUCAGCUUCUUGGAGGCAGAUAUUCUGUCUUCUUUGCUUUUUUUAAUAUACUUUUUUGUUAGUCCAGCUAAUUUUAAAAGUGAUGGUACUGUUUGCCUUUACUGCCAUGGUGUGCAAAAAGAUGAAACUUAGAAGCAUUUGAGAAACUUUAAAAAUUAAAUGUUAAUAGAGAUGAUGUGCCUGCAGGAUAGGGUAGUCUGUGGUCAGGGACUGUCAAAAUCAGGAAUUUUGGAUGAUAGUGGGUUUUAUUUUAAGUCUUUAUUGGGUUUGUUUCCAUGAUGGUGCUGCUGGGUUUAUUGUGCAAGAUGCUUAAAACAACAACUUAGUCCUCACCUCGAGGGACCCCGUUAGAAUGGGGGGAGUCCGCAGAUGAACGCUCUGCCUUUUCCCCGGCCACGCGGGGGUGUGAGCUGGGCCGAGCUGGCACGGCCGAAGCUCCGCCUGGGGAAAAGUGGCUUCCCGCGCCUGCGUGCUGCUCGAGCCGGCCGUCAUCACACGCGCAUGCGCGCUCCUCCGCGCCGAGAGUCGGGUUUGGAAUUCCGGAUUAAGGCGCGACACGCUGAACCCCGGUCGCUCUUCGCAGCCUUCCUGGCUGGGUAACGGGUAGCCUUGAAGCAUGGGGGCGCCUUCGGCGUCCUUAGCAGCGUCGUGGGGCCAGCUCGGCGGUGGAAGUGGAAUGGCAGGCCCUCGGCCAGGCACUGCAGGCCGUGGAGCGAUCAUCUGAGCUGAGGGGCUUCGCAACGGGAUGGAUUAAGAAAAAAGGAGUUCCGGUCAGUCGCGACGCUCGGUUUUAUCCAGACGUUGUUGUGGGGCGUUUGCGGGUACUGCGCGUUUCGGGUGAGCGGACACGAAAUCGUGAGCCUGGGGUGGCAGCAGAGCACACAAAUAACACGAAAUUGGUUUUCUUGCUUGAAAUCUUGUGGCAGUGUUGUCCCAAAUUUGGGUUCUUUCACCCGCUCGGCAAGAAGCCGAUCCACACUCAGAGUCGAGAUAUUUAAUUUUAUUUCAUAUUUGUACAGAGAGAGGUGCUAGGUGGUAAAUCUAUAAAGUUGGCAUACAUUCAGUGUGCUAAGUGCUCAUUUUCGUACACUUCGAACAAUAAAAAAUUGACGUUUCCCGUAUACGUAACAACCUCAAGCCCUCGUCAUUAGCUCUGCAUUCUCGUUUCCAUUUAAAGGUACAGUGCACACUUAUUUUAUUGCGCAUGCUCCAGGGGAAGGAGUGAGUAAGGGGCGAUUACAGUCGCUGGGCGGGGAUUUUGCUAUGUUAAUGACUAAGGAUGGCACAAAGUUCAAGCAAAGUUCUUCUUUAGCUUUAUCAACAGCUUUGUUUUCUUUGUAGUUUGAUUUAUAGUGACCUCCUGUUCUUACUUUUUGGGUCAUGGCUCUUGGUUCCUGCAGGUUUGAUUAUUCCCUCAUUUUUCAUAAGUUCUUUUAUUUAUCUUGCACUAUACUUCAGUGAAUUUUUAACCUUCUCAUGGUACCUCAUUUCAACAGCAAUACAUUGUACAGCUGUUCUGCAGCACUCCAGUAAUCAGUUUUAAAUAGCAGCCUUCCGCAAUUUACAUGUUUUGCUGUGAAUAAAUGCUAUUAAUGAAAUAUUUUUAAAUGGAUUAUUUAAGGUGCAUCAUAGGUAUGUUUUUGAAAAUUUGUUAGAUGCAAUCAAAAUGAAUGGCUAGCCAUUUGCUCUUACUUUAGGUCUUACCUAAGACUUUGACAUUUAACCGCAUAUGUAGCAGAAGGCACUUCUAAUGUUUUCCUAACACUUGUUUUACCAUGCAUUGUGUAAAGUCGUUUCUGCUUAGAAAGGCUUUAUUUCUUUAUACAGCUCACUGGGAUUUUUAUGGAAGAACCUGGGUAAGGUCAGUGUGAUGGUACAGCUGGGCACAAAAGGGACAAGUGUUCUGUAAGGAUGUAGGCAAAUGUUCAUGAAGAUGGUGCCUGUCUGUGUAAUACAGAUGGGGUUAAAGUAAUAGGAUAUAUUAUAUUUUAGAGUAUAGUGACAGUAUAGUUAGAGGGUUAAAACUUGAUCUAUUGGGGAGAAUAUCCCUCCAGGCCUGUCGUUAGGAGUUUCAUUGUUCAGGAACACCAAAACAGUAUGCUUAAAAAAAAUCCAAAUGAACAAACAAAAAAACCCCAACCAAAAAUACCAAAAUCUUCUAUCUUUGUUGCAAGUAUAAACAAAAUGAAGCAACUUAGACCACUUAGUUUAAAAAUAAAAACAAUUUUGGAGAGUCCUGCUCUGUUUUAAGGUGGAGAUUUCCUGGUAAGUAUGAACUUUAAACUUAAUGUCUCAACCAGCAACAUUUAAAAAACCAACCACACCAACCCAUUGUUUCCAUCUGGGUUGUGUAAAAUUGAGACUUUGCAUAUAAGCAAAAGUAGCAUAAUGAUCAUUAAGACUAAUUCCUUAAACACUUAAUAUUUGUUAGGCAUGUGUGUUGCUUCAGUAAAAUAAUUUGAGCUUAAGCUUCGUAUAUUCAUCUCCAGGGCUAAAAUUGUACUUUUGCUUAAAAGAGCUUCUUAAUAUAAAAUGUUCUAAAGCUUCUAAUGGUGUUUAUAACAUGCUUAGACCAAAAUUUCACCUGGAGGCAAAGGCUUGCUUUUUGCAAAUGAACUUGUAUAAUACCUAAAACUUAACCUUUUCUGUAAAUCUACAGAAAAUUAAAUAAUGUAUGAAGUAGGUCUCUAAAAAUGGAUGUGAAUAAAUCAGCUGGGGUUUGUGUUUUUUUUUUUUUUGUUUGUUUGUUUUCUUAAAGAUCUACCAUGAUGCCUGGGUCUCUUCCAGUGAAUGCUGAGUCCUGCUGGCCCAAAGAUGCGGGAAUUAUUGCACUGGAAAUAUAUUUUCCUUCUCAGUACGUUGACCAGACAGAGCUGGAGAAGUAUGAUGGUGUGAAUGCUGGCAAAUACACAAUUGGGCUAGGCCAGUCAAAGAUGGGGUUCUGCUCUGACCGGGAGGAUAUCAAUUCUCUCUGUUUAACUGUUGUUCAGAAGCUCAUGGAGAGGAAUAGCCUUUCCUAUGAUUGUAUUGGGAGAUUAGAAGUUGGAACAGAAACAAUAAUUGAUAAAUCAAAAUCUGUAAAGACUGUCCUGAUGCAGCUUUUCGAAGAAUCUGGUAAUAUGGAUGUAGAAGGAAUUGACACUAUGAAUGCAUGCUACGGAGGCACUGCUGCUCUUUUUAAUGCUAUUAAUUGGAUUGAGUCCAGUUCUUGGGAUGGACGUUACGCACUUGUUGUUGCUGGAGACAUAGCUGUGUAUGCCACUGGAAAUGCCAGGCCAACAGGUGGAGCUGGUGCUGUUGCUAUGCUAGUUGGUCCAAAUGCUCCCUUAAGUUUUGAGAGAGGGUUGCGUGGAACCCACAUGCAGCAUGCGUAUGACUUCUAUAAACCAAAUAUGGUCUCUGAAUAUCCUGUGGUUGAUGGUAAAUUAUCUAUACAGUGCUACCUCAGUGCAUUAGAUCACUGCUAUACUGUCUAUCGCAACAAAAUCCAUGCCCAGUGGCAAAAAGAGGGGACAGACAGACGUUUCACCUUGAAUGACUUUGGAUUCAUGAUCUUUCAUUCACCCUACUGUAAACUGGUACAGAAAUCUGUGGCUAGACUAUUGCUGAAUGACUUUCUCAGUGACCAGAACCCAGAAACAGCAAAUGGUGUUUUCAGUGGUUUGGAAGCUUUCAGGGAUGUAAAACUUGAAGAUACAUAUUUUGACAGAGAUGUGGAAAAAGCAUUUAUGAAAGCCAGUGCAGAGCUCUUCAAUCAGAAAACCAAAGCUUCAUUACUUGUAUCCAAUCAGAAUGGAAAUAUGUAUACCCCUUCAGUCUAUGGUUGCCUUGCCUCUCUUCUAGCCCAGUAUUCCCCAGAGCAGCUCGCAGGACAGAGAGUCAGUGUGUUCUCAUAUGGCUCUGGUUUUGCUGCUACACUGUAUUCCAUCAAAGUUACACAGGAUGCUGCUCCUGGUUCUGCACUGGACAAAAUAACUGCUAGCCUUUCUGAUCUUAAAACAAGACUUGACUCGAGAAAAUGCGUUGCACCUGAUGCCUUUGCUGAAAACAUGAAGAUUAGACAGGAAACACAUAAUUUGGCCAAUUAUAUUCCACAGUGUUCAGUAGAAGAUCUCUUUGAAGGAACGUGGUACCUUGUCCGUGUGGAUGAAAAACACAGAAGAACUUACGCACGGCACCCACUCAUGUGUGAUGGACCUCUGGAGGCAGUAGCUGAAGUUGUCCACCCAGGUGGUGUUCAUGAGCAGAUCCCAAGCCUUGCCAAGGAAGUGCUAAGAAUCCCUGAAAUAACAGAAUCUGAAGGUGUUACCGCUGUAAUUUUCAAUGGGGAGCAUUGAUAUCUCUGAAGUAGGGAAUGAAAAAAAGUUAUGGGGGUAGGGUGAAAGAGAGAAAGGAUUGCAGUAGUACUGAAAUUUCAGUGUACAGUAGCAAUUCAUUGGAGCAUGCAAAAACUGUUUAAAGUCCUUGAAAAGAUUUGUCAUAAUAUGGUGUGCUGAUACUUAUAGUGUUUUCAGAACACUAAAAUCAUUAAUAUACUGGAGAUGGAGUAACUUGCCAGGGGCUUUGUGGAUUCCUUAACACAUAUUCUAGUUGCUUUUUUUGUGUAAAAUUACUUGAAACCUUUACUGUUACCUCUUCUACUUGUACUCAAAAGUGGGUGGCAAAAUAGUUCACACUUUUAAUGUUAGGGUUCUUGGCAUUUGACAGUAAGCAGGCAGUCUUCUGAAUACCGUACUUGUCUUUAUCACCUUUCUUUUCUUUUCCCAGUCUACCUUCCAUCACACCACUGCUUUAGGAAAGUAGCUCUCUUCCUUGCCAAAAUGACUGGAUCAAGAAUUGCUAGACUGACAGACAAACAAUUGGUUUUAACCCACAAAACCCAAAUGUAUAACCCAGCACCCUGGGGCAUGAACAGAGUGGUGUUCUUUGGGCCCCCUGAGUCCAAAGUAAAAGGAGAGGGGAAAACCUGUUGGGGAGAGUGCUGUUGCAGUCUAGUCAAGAGUGGUGAUUUCAGUCCGGUCGAGAGUGAUGGUUGC